GUGUGCAUAAAACUCACAUGUGUGAGUUGUAAAAUCUUCGGUGCUUAUAUAAAGGUCCGUCCCUGCCUCACCUCGUGGGUAAGGCAGCUGGAAGCCUACGGGUUCACUCUCACAUCUGGGACCGCACGGGAUCUGCCAGCUCAGAAAGAGGUUCCCACCAAGCCGAAGCCAUGAGGAUCCAUGGCCUCACCCUGCUCUUCUUCCUCCUUCUGGCUGCUCCCAUGCUCUUGGUGGAGGCCAAAAAGGAAGGAAAGAAUAGACGUGGCCACAAAGCCAGUGCAGAUAAAUCGCACGCUCUUGACAAUCCCCAGGUUGAGCUGAAAAGCCAGCUGCCCAAGCACCUGCCCAAAGGCAAUUUCAUCACCCAAGACCAAGCCGACUGCAGAUGGGAGGUGACCGAGCAUCAGGAGGGCAUUGCCCUGAAGGUCGAGUGCACCCGAGAGGACAGCAGGUUUUCCUGUGUCUUCACUGGCAAUCCAACCUCUUGCCUGGAGUCGAACAAGAAGAAUGUCUAUUGGAAACAAAUUGGCAGGAACCUGCGCUCUCAGAAAAUGAUCUGUGGCGACUCCAAGAGUGUCCUGAAGACCAGGGUGUGCAGAAAGAAGUUUCCAGAAUCCAAUCUCAAGCUGGUGAACUCCACUCUGAUUAGGAUCAAGAAACCCAGCCAGGAGUUAAUGAAGCCCUCUCUCAGGGGGCAGAGCAAGGUCAAAGACACCACCCCCUCCAGUCCAGCACAGACCCAGACCAUGGCCAUCAAAGAUCCCGAGUGUGUGGAUGACCCAGACAUGGUCCACCAGAGAAAGACGGCCUUGGACUAUUGUGGAGAGUCCUGGAGCUCUUUCUGCAAAUUCUUCAUCGCCAUGGUUCAGGGCAGUUCCUGCUAACGAGGUCAAGAGAGAACGGAGUCCAUUCGAAGGUGUCAGGUCGCAGCCCUUCCACAUGCUGUAAAGAUCUCCCGGAUCCCUGUUAAAAGGAACAUUUGCGCUAUGGGAGUGCAGUGGAUUAUUUAAACAGAUUUUGUAAUUUUUGUUUUUGUGGUUUUGGCAUUUGUUUUCUAUUCAUUUCCUUAGCUGUGAUUGUCAGAGGCUGUUGACCUCUGUCUUUAUGUUUUCAUGGCCCACAAAGCUACGUUUCUCUGAGCAGUAAGUACCCAUCUUGGAGCUGAAUGAGUCAGAGGGAUGAUUUCAGCGCAAUGACUUCCUGCUCAAAGAACAAAGACAAUAAAGCUCUAUGCGUUUUUCAGAAAUA